AUGGCAAGAGAGCUGAAGACUUGGGCAUUUUGGAGAGCUGUCACGGCAGAGCUAGUUGGCAUGAUCAUAUUCAUUUUCAUAGGCAUUUUGUCCGCAAUUGGGAACAAGAACAACAGCAACCCAGACCAAGAAGUGAAGGUGGCUUUGGCCUUUGGAUUGGCCAUUGCUACUUUGGCACAGGCUUUGGGUCACAUCAGCGGUGCCCAUCUGAACCCGGCUGUUACCCUGGGCAUGCUGGUCAGCUGCCAGAUCAGUGUCUGCAGAGCAGUGUGGUAUAUCUUGGCCCAGUUGUUAGGAGCGGUCCUAGCCAGCAGCAUUGCGUUAGGAGUAAGGCCGAAAACCAUUGACUCCCUUGGGGUGAACAAGCUGAACGGAGUCAAUCCAGCUCAAGCAUUUGGCAUAGAAUUUCUCCUGACCCUCCAGCUUGUGCUGUGCGUCAUUGCGACCACAGAUAAAAGGCGUGGUGAUGCCACUCGUGCAGCGCCCUUGGCCAUUGGGCUCUCCGUGGGCUUGGCACAUUUAGCAGGUAUCAGCUACACAGGCUGUGGAAUCAACCCGGCACGAUCAUUUGGACCAGCUGUGGUCUUGCAAGUCUUUGAAAACCACUGGGUGUACUGGGCGGGGCCUCUGUGUGGCGGAGUAACUGCUGCUUUGAUCCAUGACUUCAUCCUGUCCCCAACAUGGGGUGACCUCUCAUUAUCACAGAGACUCAAGGUCUUAUGCUGUGGCACAGAGGUCACGGAUGCAGAAACUGAACCUCUCUUGGGUGAGGCUGAAGGUGCUGGGUGGGGAAAACAGUGA